GUUCAGUGUCACAGACCCGUCCGACCCAGCCGAGCAUGAAGGGAGUAAUGUUUAACCCCCCGCCUCGGAUCCGUGAGAAUGCCCCCACCUCGGUCACGGAUGACUCAGCCGUGAAGCCUGUUCACAUCAACACAUCACUGACGACCAUCGAGACUCUAUGCGAAACGACGUGGCCGCCGCCCGGAGCCAAGAUGCGGAUCUCCAAGGCCAACAAGGGCGCGAUGGUGGUGAGAGUGAUCCGGCCGCAUUCCUCCCCUAAAUCGGCCAGUCUGGAGGAAGUCUGGGCUCCGAGAGAACAGCCGGAGGAGAAACCCCGGAGCCCCGAAAGGAGGAAGGCGGUAGAACCCGGUAAGAAUGGGGUAGAAGGACACAGUGGGGGGCCACCCCGGUGCAGGAAGAGCCGAUUCCGAGCCCCCGAUGUGAGAACCAUCUUCUCACCCGGAGAAAAGGACCCCAGAGUGAAGGAGGAGACCGGGGAGGGACACACCUUCGAGCACGGAGGCGAGAACAACUGGUGCGAUGUAUGCUGCAACUAUAUCCUCCAGCACGGGCUCACCUGUGCAGGUUGUAAAUAUGCCUGUCAUGCUGAGUGUCGAGAGAGAGUGUCGCUCGACUGUCAUCCUGCAGCGUCGCCCUUCAGUCAGGACCUGCUGAACAACAACAGGCCGCUCCAUGAUGUGGAGAAGGAGCGAGAGGUACGGAAGGAGUUCAGCAGAGAGGAAAUCAAGCAGAGGAUCGAGCAGUACAACUCGCUGACCAAAGACUACCUUAAAAUGACUCUGAACCCUUCUGGUGUGUACACUGGUUUCAUCAAGGUCCUGAUGGAUCUGAGAAGGCCAGUGACGGUGCGGGCAGCUCAGAGAGGAGCAGGAGGUGCCAUGAUGAGGGAGGCCUUCUAUCUACCUCGAGGAGUCGACAACACUCUCCACAUCAGCUCUGAAAACACGGUCCAACAGGUGAUCACGGCGCUGCUGAACAAGUUCACGGUGGCAGACAACCCGGCCAAGUACGCGCUGUACAAACGCUGCCGCAGGGACGAGCAGGUGUAUGUGUGCAAGCUGGCGGAUGGCGAGAAGCCGCUGUUCCUUCGCCUGGUAGCCGGACCCGACCUCGACACCCUCAGCUUCGUUCUAAGAGAACAGCAAACUGGAGACGUUAUGUGGGAUGCCUUCUCCAUCCCUGAGCUGCGAAACUUUCUCCGGAUACUUGACAAAGAGGAGCAGGAGCAGAAGGAGGCAAUAAUUCGCCGCUAUGAAGCCUGCCGCCAGAGACUGCAGGAGGCCAUGAGGGAGAUCAGAGGGAGUUUGUAGAGGAUUGACCCUCCAUCAGACCAAACUCCUGGUCCUCACAGAGGCUGAGGAUGUCAUUUUUCUGUUUUUAAUCUCCUCGGAGGAGAAAUGAGGUGUACGUUUUUGUGGACGGAGGGAAGGAACGCCGAGGUAGAGGAGGUAACCAGCAGUCGGACGAAGGAAUGGUUUGGCUAGAUGGAGGACAGAAAACACAUGAAGGACAAAUAAAAAAAUAGAGGAUGGACUUUUACUGCACUCGCCAAAGAUCCACUUGUGUGCCAAAUUAUUUCCUCUUCACCAUCCCUCGUUCCUCUUAUUUCUGCUGUCACAUAAUUUAUCUUCAUUCCUCUUUGUUUCUUUCACUUUAUUUUUACUUGUGAAAGACUUGAGGCUGUAUUUUUUAUUUAAUUCCUUUGUUUUAAAGGUUUGUACAUAUUUUUUCUUAAUUUAUAGGGGUAAAGCCUUAUCUUUUUUCUCUUUUUAAAGCAAAGUCUUAUUUUGUUUUCAAUGUUUAGCUGAAGAAACAAGCUUGUUUUUGAUACAGACGGACUACAUGAAGUCUGCAUCAGAUACCGGUUUAUACAGCUGCCAUUUAAUGUGCACAACAAAUAAGAAAUAAGAAAUGUCAACUGGAAGUGGUAUUUAGUGAUGAAGCUGGAAAUGAGGAAGUAUUUCUAAAAAAAUAAACUAAGUUUUUAUAAAUUUUGGAGUCCCAGAUGUGCCAAACUCCGAUAUGUAUAUUUUUAUUUUACUCAAAGAACACAAAUAGUCUAUAUUAAAUGUCUUAAAUUGCUUUUAUGUUGUUUUGUUUUUUUAAUAUAUAUUUAUAUGAGAUCCACACAUUGAGAUGUUGAGGCCAAAUAUGUAAACUGCUGAUUUUCUUUGUUACAUUUAUUAAUAUUUUGCUUAAAAUUUUACAUCUAGCGGUAUUUUGUUUAAAGAAAAUGCUGGCUUUUCUCCUAAGUCAUGUUAGAAUGUGGCCACUUUUUAAAGAAACUUUAAUUGGCUGUAGCAAUAACAUUAUAAAUCACUAAGUCUUCAAAAUCAGUGAUUAUUAGAUUUCAAAAAAGUGGAAAAUGUUUUUUAUUGCUCAUUUCAUCAUACGUUUAAAGAGAAAUCUUUUUUUAUAUAUAUUGUAUAUUUUUCAUUGAACGUCUGAAAGGUAGGGAAUAUAAAUAUGAAGCAGUUUACUUUAUCAGUCUAUAGUCUUUAUAGUUAUAUAUUUAGAAAUACUAGAACUAUAUGGAUUUAUAUUUGAAGCCUACUGUAUUUUAAUUGAAUAUUUUUUAUAAUGAUUUAUGUUUGGCACAUUUAGGGCUCCAUAAACACUGGUUUCACACUUACUGAAGCAAAUGUACGGAAGCACAUUUCUGGCCCUGCAAAGAAAAACAUGAGUGCUAAAGUCAUAAUUUGAACCUUUAGGGUCCUAGUUUUGACAAUUAGUAUAAACAUAUAAUUAUAAGAUAUAAUGUCAUAAUGAGUUUGAGUCAUCAAAUUUAUAGCUAGAAAACUCAAAAUAAUUGAAUUUCAAUUUUGAAAUUUAAACUUUAAAGUCUUAAAUAUAAUAUAGGGUCAGAAUUAGGAGUUGGAGAGUAAAAACUAUGACUUUGAAUCUCAUGACAAUACAUUGGCUCUUUUAUUUUCUUCAACUGGCAGGAAUGGCCUCCUUACCGGUACAGUGAAAUCUAGGCUGAAAACUGCUUUCUGAAUGUGGGUACUGAAAGUAAACAUAUUUUAAUGAAAAAAUUUUAUAUUCUUAGCAGAGAAAUCAUAUUUAGUAGAAAUAUUUUUAUGUAAAGUCAUCUGCAGAGAGAGGGUGAUUUCAGGAAGUUGACAGAGUGUGUUUGAGGAAGUAGAAAAGAAACAUGAGAUGUUUGCAAGAAAGAAACAUGAGAAAGAAGGACAAACAAGCAGCAUGACUGGUUGGCCUGGAGACAACAGGAUUUUCCUCCAGCCACAGCUCACUCUGAUAAACUGCUUGUCCACCAUGUGUGUUAAUGAAAGCCCACGUAGAGAAGGCCUGUGUGUGCUGAUAGCUGCAGAGGAAGGGAGGCUGCAUUGUCCCAUCUGGUUGUCCUGUUCUUUUUAGUCACGUCUGUCUGCAGCUGUUGAGUUAAAAUGGAUUUAGUUUGUGCUCUUAUCUUUAGUUGAGAUGUCCAGCCUUGACCUCCUUUGUCAAACUGAUUUUGGAUUAUGUGAGAUAUUUCAGAGGGAAACAGACAGUGAGGAUGGAAAAAAUACUAACAGUGGAAAAGAAGGUGAAAAGGGUUUCAGUGAAAAGUAGUUUUAAUGUAAGAAAGAUCUGCUUUUGGGAGGUUUUUGUCUGAAUUUAUACAGAUAUAAAAAUACACAAUCAGCUUUUAAAUGAGUAUUAAGACAAUCAUUUGGGUAAACCAAACCAUUAAGAUUUAUGAAAAGUGAUGUUUUGUUUUCUCUCUGCUGACGCUGAAUGAUGUCACGCUGAUGGUGCUGCAGGGACUGCUGUACAAUGAUGCCCUCUGGUGGUCAUUUACUGCAACUAUCUUAGAUCUGUGUCGUCUUAAAGAUUUAUUCUGCUGUUUCGUCUUUUUGUUGUUACCAAAUAUAUUUUUGUGUUGUUGCCAGGAGCAAAAUGAUACCAGAGGCCUCCUCCCAAUGCAGGGAACAAUUAAUAACAUUUAGUUUUAUUUAAAGGGUAACUUAACCCUGAUUUAUUCUUCUAUCAAACACUGGGUUUAGUUUAUGGAAGGAAAAAAAGGGCUUCAGGUAUUUGAAUCUUUUAUGUUGUGAAAUGAUUGUGAAAGUGAAGCAAAAAUUAUCAGAGACACGCAACAUUGUAUUUAAGGCUGUUGUUUUUGAGAGGUUCAAACAGCUGUGAUAAAAUAACCUUUUUUUUUUCCAAGAAUAGUUUUGGGGAAAUUUGGAUGCAGAAUCAGCUACUUUUGUUUAUUUUUACCAUUUAAAACAUUUAGUGUAAAGUAAAUACAUAAAUUGGCCAUUAUGGUUAAAAAAGUGUGGUUUCUCUAAUUUGCAGAAGAAGUUUUGAAUACAGUUUCUUGUCUGCAUAAAAAUUGUGUUUUGGCCCUUUUUUGCCUCCAUAUUCUUUGAUUAAAAAUGAUGUGAAAGUCUGCAUGGAAUAAAAUAUAUAUAUAUUUAAA